CUACCGAGCCUCGGCAGGUCCAGGGCCGGCCAAACAGAACUGCUUAAUUGUCCUUUGUAUCAUUGCUACAACUCGUGAAGGACCACUGUACAUUAUUAUAUAUAGGUAAAAGUUGCUACACUGACCGCUGGAAUGGCGCAAGCGGCUUUCCGAGCAGUAGAGGCGAUGUCGGCAAGCGGCACGGCUUGCCCGCUCGCCUGCGUGCGGCGCCUGCCCCCGGCCGCGCCCGCGCCUCGCCCGGCCUCCCUCUCCCUCACUCUCCACACCACCAGCCUUCCACGAGGAAGCGCGCUGCGCACCCGCGCGGCCGCGCCCCAGAGCCCCGCGCCCGCGCCUCACCCCAGCAGCGCCCCCAGCGCCGCGGAUGACGCCGCCGCCGCCUCCGACGCCUCCGACGCCACAGAGGCGGUGGCGGCUCAGGCGGCCGACGCAGCGGCACUAGUGGGUGCGGCCUGGGACCCGGAGGGCCUGUUUGCCAAAGCCGCUGGGCCCCUGGACUUCGCCGCCGGGCAGCAAAUGGGAGACCUCAUCCUGCGCCGCCAGCGAGAGCGCGAAGCGCGCAUGGCGGCGGCGGCGUCAGCCGCCACCGCCGCCGCCGCCGCCGCCGCGCCAGCGGCCGCGCCGGCGGCGCCGGCAGCGGCGUCGGCGGCUCCGCCGCCGCCGUCCGGCGGCGACGUGCUGCCGCUGCCGCCUCUGCCGGCGGGGCUGCCGCCGCUGCGGCCGCUGCCGGUGCCGGUGCCGGCGCCGGAGGUGGGUCUGACGCCGGCGGAGCUGCCGGCGGCGGUGGUGGCGGAGGCGGAGGCGCUGCUGCGGGAGCGCUUCAUGGCUGUGGACCUGGGCACGCCGGGGCUGCGGCUGCUGCACCUGGAUCCGCCGGUGGUGACGGUGGACGGCUUCCUGCCGGAUGACGUGUGUGAUGCCAUGGUCCGGGCGGCGGAGGCGUCAGGCCGCAUGGCGGGCAGCCGCAUCGGCGCCGGCAACGCGUCCGCCGCCUACGGCCCCAACGCCGCCUCCGCCCGCCGCACCAGUCGCGGCAUGAUGGUGACCCCCGGGGUGGCGGGGCCCGCCAUGGACGGCGUGGUGUCGGAGCUGCAUGCCCGGGGGAAGAAGCUGCUGAGGGCGGCCGAGGGCGCGGCCUGGGGCAUCUCCGGCAAGCUGCCUCGCCCGCGCCAGUACUGCUACGAGGCACUGCAGGUGACGCGCUACGACGCCGGCCAGCACUUCCUGGCUCACGAGGACGGCUUCCCGCCGCACCUGGCCGCCUCCAACGCCUUCCAGAGACACGCCACACUGCUGGUCUACCUCAACGACUGCGAGCAGGGCGGCGCCACUCGUUUCGACCAGCUGGGUCUGGCGGUGCGGCCGCGGAAAGGCAAGCUGCUGCUGUUCUUCCCGGCCUUUGCGGAUGGCAGCGCAGACCCGCGCUCCCUGCACACGGCCUGCGACGCCGUGGACACCAAGUACGUCACCCAGCAGUGGGUGGCACGAGGGCUGGCGCUACCCGGCAGUAGCACCAGCAGCAGUAGCAGUAGCAGCGGCGCGGCGAGGGCUGUAAGAGGGGCGGUGAGUGCGGAGGCGCGGCAGGCGGAGGCGCGGCUGGAGGAGUUGGAGAAGGCCAAGGCGGGCAAGGCCAAGACGAGCGGGAAGGCGGGCGGCAAGGGUUUCGGGGCGGGGAAGAAGUGAGGGGCAGGGGAUGAGCGUGCAGUGCGGCCGCGUGGCUCGUGGGAUGGUUGUGUGUGCGUGUGUGUAUGUGUGUGUGUGUGUGUGUUGUGUGUGUGCGUGCGUGGCCGCGUGGCUGGUGUUUGUGUCUUGGCGGCACGGGCGAGUGUGCACGGCUGCGUGGGCCUGUGUAGGUCGUGACCUCUGGCAGUCUGGUGUUGACUGGGCAUGUGACCAGUCACGCGCGAGCAUGGUGGGCAGCAGGUGUGGUUGGCGAGUGGCGAGUGGGCUGGCUGGUUGGCAAGUGGGCGUGGGCCGUGUGUGCCGGGAACUGGGACCUGGGAAGAUCGCGGUGCGCACUGACGGUACGGGCGGCACUGACGGCACCGCGCGGUGUGUCGCUGACACGCGAUGGCCGUGUAAGCGGUGUAACAGGCAUAUCGGUCAUUGGCGCCAACAACAGUGCCACACGGGGCUUGGGCGUGUCCCCGUACUACUUUACCUGCACGCCCAUCCAGAGGGGUGGUAUGGGGUAUAGGAUUGGUCCCGCCGCCGGUCACCCCUCCGUGGAUUGGAUUAGCCAGAGUAGGAUUGGACACGGCACUUAAGGAUUGGGUUUGACCGGCCAAGGAUUGGAACACCACUUUUGGGGGUUGGGUUUGGUCGGGUGGGGAUUGGUGUCGGCACUUGAGGAUUGGGAUAGGGCAGGUGAGGAUUGCUUUGCGCACUUUCGGAUUCGGAUAGGACAGGUGGGGAUUGGUCCUUGCAGACUGUCCCAGGCUGUCCUGACACCGCUGCAAUGCUGAUUCGGGUCGGUCCUUGGGGUUUUGGAUAGGGGGACCUGGAGCGCAGCGCACACUCGGCGCCCCUGGUACCCGCCCCUCAGCACCCGUGCCGCCCCCGAACCCCACCGAACGCCGGCGACCUUGCAAGUCAACACGGUUCGUGACGGGUUCUUAAUCGGCAUUAAUGCACCGGCUGAAUGCACCACUCCCCAGUCCUGACUAACCACACGAUAUCCUAACGUAAGCAAGCGAAGCCCGCGCAUUUGCCGGGGCUCUCGCACAAACAAUUUGGGCAAGUCCUUGGAAACGAGCCAAAUUGAAGUGGUUCAAAGCGGCAUUAAGCUGCAGUACACGCCCAUGCUCGCUGGAGAUCAAGGACAGGACUAUUUGUGCUCGCCCCAGAAAGUGAACCAUUGGCGCACUUCUCCAUUUUGGCCGGGGGUGGGGGACGUGAUGCCUAGAGGAACACAGCAGCUGCAAUGCAGAUCGCUGUAUCCAUAUCAAGGUCUGGAAAGGGAGAACAGGCAGGGGACAAAACUGCUUAGCUACACGCCGACACUGACGCAACCGCUGUAGACGCCGAUAAUAAUGUCAGAUCUUGUAUGUAUUGGUGUCAUUAGUAUUAGUGACAAUUGUCAGCUGUAAAGCGAAAGGAGC